AUGGACGUUAACAACGACAACAACAUGGACACCGAAACCCAACCACCCCUCAAACCGUCCGCAUCCGUGGACCAAAGCGUCCUCGAUGCCCGCGAUCUCGCCGCCUUGGGCCAUGACCAAGCCCUAACCCGCAAAUUUGAUAUAUGGAGCAUGCUCGCCCUCGCAUUCUGCGUGCUGGGUACAUGGUCCACGUUCGCACAGGACCUUGCCAGCGGACUCACAAACGGUGGGCCUAUAAGUAUCCUCUGGGGCCUGUGUCUCGUCACAGCAUGCAACCUGUGUGUUGCUGUUUCAUUGGGAGAGCUGUGUAGUAGCAUGCCCACCGCACUAGGGCAGGCGUACUGGGUCCACAGACUCUGGGAAGAUAAACCGCUCGGCCGGUUUGCGUCGUACAUGUGCGCAUGGAUCAAUAUGUUUGGAUGGUGGACGCUAACCGCGUCUCAAAUCGGGUUCAUGACAAAUUUCAUGUUAGGUAUGAAAGUCAUGUUCAACAACGACUGGGCCGGUGCGAGUGAAGGCUGGGUUCAGUUUUUGGUCUAUAUCGGUAUCACCACGCUCUUCACUGUGAUUAAUCUGGUAGCAUGCCGAAAGGAUAAAUUCCUGCCGUACUUCAACGAUUUUGUCGGCGUGUGGUUUUGCGGUUUAUUUGUAGUGUUUAGUCUCGCGCUCUUGAUUGCCGUGGGCACAAAACCAGACCUCAGUUUCCAACCCGCAAGCUUUGUGUUUGGUACCUGGAUUAAUCAGACCGGUUGGAGUGACGGCGUUACCUGGUUUAUCGGUCUUGUGCAGGCAGCCUAUGGCCUCACGGCGUUCGACAGCGUCAUCCACAUGGUCGAAGAGAUCCCCGCUCCACGCCGCAAUGCACCGCGCGCAAUCUAUCUCGCUGUUGCGUGCGGCGCCAUUUCCGGAUUUAUAUUCAUGUUGGUCUGUCUCUUCUGUAUUCAAGACGUCGACGCAAUCAUCAACUCUGCCACGGGUCUACCAUUCAUGGACCUCGUGCAAGACGCAAUCGGCCUCCACGGCGGCGUCGCUUUGAUUGCUCUCUUCGAGUUCAAUGGUCUGGGUCAGGGAGUCAGCAUCGCAACCACCGCCUCACGCCUAACAUGGGGUUUCGCGCGCGACUCCGGUCUCCCCUUCAGCUCGUAUUUCGCGCACGUCGACCGCGUAUGGAAAGUGCCCGCACGCGCGUUAUGGUUACAAGGCGUGUUGAUCGGUCUCGUCGGAGUUCUCUAUCUCUUCGCAAACACCGUUCUCAGCGCAAUCCUGAGCGUGAGCACAAUCGCGCUAACCAUCAGCUACGGCCUCCCCAUAUUCGCACUGCUAGUCGUAGGACGCGACAAACUUCCUGCUGGAGGCACGUUCCGUCUCGGUCGUCGCGUAGGACCCGUCGUGAACUGGAUCAGUGUGAUAUACUGCUGCAUUACCACUGUGUUUUUCUUCUUUCCGGGAUCACCAAAUCCGGCGCCGAGUGAUAUGAAUUAUGCUAUUGCGGUCUUUGGGGUUAUGCUUGUUAUUGCGGUGGCCUUUUGGUUUAUACGGGGACACAAGGAGUAUUUGUUGACCGAGGCGUCGGCGGAGAGGUUGAUGGAGGCGCAGAGGCUGGAAAAUGAGGUUGAUCCUGAUGCCGCGGUUGGGGUUGCAGACAGCGUUGGAAAGGGUGGUGCGAAAUGA